AUGUCUCCACUGUGGCUGCUCCUGGGCCUCCUGGCCUUGACUGGCUCUUCUGAAAGCAGCAGUUGGGGAUGCUAUGGAAACAUCCGAACCCUGAACACCCCAGGAGCGUCUUGCGUGAUUGGAAGACGGCAUGGGCUGCCUUACUGCGGAGUCCGUGCCUCUGAAAGGCUGGCUGAAAUAGACAGGCCAUAUCUUCUGAGAUAUCAACCCACGAUGAGAAUUGUUGGCCGGAAAUACUGUAUGGAUCCUGCAGUGAUCGCUGGUGUCUUGUCAAGGGAGUCUCAGGGUGGCAAUUUCGUGGUCGACAUGGGCAACAUGGGUAAUGGAAUCGGGGUGAUACAGGACUCAAGCUUCUACCCUCCCACAUCUUGGAAGAGUGAUUCCUGGGUUUCCCAGAAAACUGAAAUCCUGACAACUAAAAUCAAAGAAGUCCAGGCAAGGUUUCCUAGCUGGACCCCCGACCAGUACCUGAGAGGUGGACUCUGUGCCUACAGUAAGGGUCCAACCUUUGUCCGAAGCAACCAGGAUCUAAACUGUGACUUCUGCAAUGAUGUCCUUGCGCGAGCCAAAUAUUUCAAGAACCACGGCUUCUAG